UAAAUCAAUAGACUACAAUAGAGUGGUGGUGGUAUGAUGGAACCUUAUGACUGUACUUUAUGCAUGCAUUGUUCCCAGCUGAUCUCACUCAAGAUGAAUGCAGUUGAGGAAGGAAAACCGUGGAAUAUGCAGGAGAUGAAUGAGAGCAUGAUUUUCCAGCAGAAUGAUCUGUUUCCCUCAGCAUUCCCAACGAUGGAGGAGAUUCGCAGACAGGGUAAACUGUGUGAUGUAGUGCUAAAGAUCGAUGAUCAAUCAUUUAGUGCCCAUAAAAUUGUGUUAGCUUCCACCAUUCCCUAUUUUAAUGCAAUGUUUACAACAGAUAUGGUUGAGAGUCGACAGCAAGAGAUUCAAAUGCAAGGAAUCGAAUCAUGUGCGCUGGAAGCUUUGAUUAACUUUGCGUAUUCGGGACGAGUGAUUCUAGAUAAGAACAAUGUGCAGAACAUAAUGAUUGGAGCGUCUUUUCUGCAGCUGAACAAAGUGCGAGAUGCGUGCGCUAGUUACCUAUUGCAGAGACUACAUCCACAGAAUGCGCUUGGUAUAAGACAAUUUGCUGAUACUCUUGGAUGCACAAUGUUGGUUGAGUCCACCGAUAAAUACAUUGAGCAAUGCUUCCCAGAGGUUUCUCUGUCUGAGGAAUAUUUGAAUCUGGCGCUGUUUGAGGUCAAGAGUUUGCUGCAGAGGAAUGACUUGAAGGUGGAAUCUGAAGAGCAGGUUUUCGAUGCUUGCAUGAGAUGGGUUAAGCUGGAUGAGAAGAGAUUUCCCUGUUUGCCUGAGCUCUUGUCUCAGGUGAGGCUUCCGCUGCUUUCACCCUUGUAUCUGACUGAUAGAGUAGCCACUGAGGAGCUGAUCAGGACGUCACACCAAUGCCGAGAUUUGCUGGAUGAGGCUAGGGUUUACCAUUUAAUACCAGAGAGGAGACAUUUGCUGCAAAGCUUUCGUACGAAGCAGAGGACUUGCGAAGUGCGCGGACAAAUGUACGUAGUUGGCGGCUUAAAUCAGCACGGGGAUUCAUUGAGCACUGUUGAAUAUUACGAUCCAAAGUCGGAUUCUUGGAUACUGGCGCCCUGCAUGUCCAUUCUGAGGUCGCGUUUAGGUGUGGCCGUGCAUUGCGGGAAACUUUACGCCUUUGGUGGAUACAACGGAAGGGACCGAUUGGCAAGCGUCGAAGUCUACGAUGCCAUCAAGAAGGAAUGGACUAUGAUUGAUUCGAUGCAAUCGAAGAGAAGUGCGCUCGGUGCAACCUCUUUGGGUGAUCUGAUUUACGUAUGCGGCGGAUACGACGGCGUAACUUCUUUGAAUUCCGUGGAAAGGUAUGAGCCAAAGUCCAACAGUUGGACCUCCCUUGCUCCCAUGAACAAAUCCAGAAGUGCUGGAUCUUUAGUCGCUUGCCAAGGAUACAUUUACGCUUUGGGAGGACACGACGGACUUUCAAUAUUCGAUUCCGUGGAGAGGUAUGAUCCAAACUCCAACACCUGGACCGAAUCGAAACCAAUGCUGACCAAAAGAUGUCGACUAGGAGUGGCUACGUUGGAUGGCAAGUUGUACGCUUGCGGAGGUUACGAUGGUAGCACGUUUUUGCAGACAGUGGAGAUGUUUGAUCCAAUUACCAAUAAGUGGGCUUUUGUUGCUCCGAUGCACGCGAAACGAAGCAGAGUCGCGUUGACGGCAAACAUGGGUAAACUGUGGGCCGUCGGCGGAUACGAUGGUAUUUCGAAUCUCGUCUCCGUGGAGGUUUACAAUCCGCGCACCGACUCUUGGACUUUCAGCAGGAACAUGACCGUCCAUGAGGGCGGCGUAGGGCUGGGCGUGAUAUCCGUCCCAUGAAUUAUACGACAAUUCAUCGUCAGCGAUUGGCCGCUCACUUAGUUUCAUCUCGAAAAAAACGAAUUUACUUUUAUUCAGUUCGUCUUCGCCAAUCGACGAUGCAAUUGUCACAAAUCAAAUCGUAUGAAAAGUGUUUAAUCUCUUCGUAUUAGGAUUAUCCGUUUUUAUUUUCCGUUUGAUCUGAGCGUGUGUUUGUUAAGGCUGAUUUAUUCUAAUUGAAGUGCUCAGUGAUCGGAACGUUUUACCAAUUUGUUUUUUCCCCCGUGCCAUUUAAAUCUCCAAAUUGUAAACAUAAUCAAAAUAAUUAUAAUAAUCAGCAUUUCCAUUCUCGAUUUAAUUAAAUCACAAUACAACUCGACGAUGGAAUUGCUCGAAUUUAGUAUGUAGGAUUUUAAUCUAUGGACGAGAAUUCUUCCAUUGACUUACAUUUUUUUCUUUCUUAGCAUUAAUACUAACAUAUUUAUGAUGGUAAAGUUAACUUUAAUGUGAUUCUUUAUGUCGUAUUUGUUAUGGUGAUGAUAAUGCCAAUAACCGAUGCUUAAGAAAUAUCCACUAUUUUUUAAGCUGUUUAUUUAUGUAUAUUUAUUGAAAAUCAAAAUGUAUUCGACCGGAGUCUUCUCCACAAAACUUAUAUUUAUUCUAAUUGUAGACGCAUGUCAGUUGAAAUGCAGUUGAAAGUUCAUUGUAAUCACGUACGUGCUAAUUAUAGGAAACAAUGUGUACAAUGCUUGCGGCUAAACAAAGUGAAUUUAUUUAGGGAAUUCUCUUUUAAACCGGAAAGUGGAGAAAGAAGAUGAGAAAAAAAACUUUACAAAACUUAAGGAAAUAAUAUAUUUACAACAUUUAUUUUCUUAUUUCAUCUAAUGUAUGUAAUGAGCUGCUGUUAAGUUUAUUCUAUUUUUGAACAUUAUUCUUAGGACUUAUCGAGAUAUCAAGUAUGUAAUAUAAAAUGGAAUUACAUUUUAUAAUAAUAAACGUUAUACUCCAUAU